AUGAUUGAGGAUGUGUUUGAGAGGAAGACCGAGAUUCUUGAUCCUCCCGUGGCGAACGUGGAUCACCUUUUGGUGAUGUUCGCGAUGGAGCAGCCGAAGCCGGAGCCGUUUACCUUGACGAGGUUUCUUGUGGAGGCGGAGAGCAUGGAGAUUCCGUUCACGCUGGCGAUGAAUAAGGCGGAGCUCGCUGGCGAGGAGAGUUUGAGUGAGUGGAGAAUAAGGCUUCAUUCCUGGGGCUACCAACCCUUAUUUUGCAGUGUGGAUAACAAAUCUGGAUUGGCUUCUCUGGAGGAUAUCUUGAAAGGGCAAACAACUGUAAUAGUUGGUCCAAGCGGUGUUGGAAAGUCCAGUCUUAUCAAUUCCUUGAGGAGCAAGCAAAGGAUUGCUGGAGGAAAGGAAAUAAAUGGUUUGCAUGAUCAUAAGAAUGAAGGAAGUAAGUGGCUUGGCGAACAGCGAGUGGAUACGGUAUCUAAGAGAAGUGGCCAAGGAAAGCACACAACAAGAAAUGUAUCCUUAUUGCCACUCUCCGAGGGAGGUUAUAUUUGUGACACUCCUGGAUUUAACCAGCCGAGUCUACUGAAAGUCACAAAGAGAAGUCUAGCAGAUACAUUUCCAGAGAUCAGGCAAAGGAGAAGUGCUAGUGAGCCCUCAAGAUGCUCAUUUAAUGACUGCUUGCAUCUUGGGGAACCUGGAUGUGUUGUGAAUGCUGACUGGGAAAGAUAUCCUUACUAUUUUCAGUUACUUGAUGAGAUUAAAAUUAGGGAGGCCUUCCAGUUGCGGACCAGGGGAACAAAGAGAGAGCAAGAUGUGAGGUACAAGGUGGGUGAAAUGGGUGUCAAACAAGCAGAACCACGUCUUGAGCCAAAGAAGCACAGGAGGGUAUCUAGAAAGCAGCUUAAUCAGUCUAUACUGGAUGAUCUUGAUGAAGAUCUGGAAGAGGCAGGAUAUUGACGAAAAAUGGUAGCUAAGUCUGACUCAUGGUCAUGGAUUAGAUGUACAUGAAAGCUUGGUAAGGAACUAGAUACCAAUAAACAUUCAGACACCUGUAAGUAGUUGAGUUUGUGUACUUGUUUCUAUGUGCCCUACAUUGUAUGCUAUGUUUAGACACCGCAAUUACAAAUUUAUUUACAUAAAUAAAAGUUGCUAGUUUCUUC